AUGCCUUCCAAGAAGGACUCCAAGAAAAUCCCCGUGCAACCAGUGCCGGAGAAGCGUGGUUAUGAGUUUGGUGGACCACUCGGUGCCUUUGGCAUUGUGUUCGGACUGCCGACCCUGAUCUACCUUUUUACCUUCCUCUGCAACGAUGUCUCUGGCUGCCCCGUGCCCUCGGUAUUGAACCCCUCAACUCUAUCGCUUGAGCAAUUGAAACGUGAAGCGGGCUGGCCAGAGGAGGGAAUUACAGCGCUCUAUGAUACCAAGGUCACACUGUGGACAUUGAGUUACUACGCCUUCAGUCUGUUCCUGCAAGUCUUCCUGCCUGGUCAGGAGCUAGAGGGUGUCGCGUUGGCCUGUGGAGGACGGCUGAAGUACAAAUUUAAUGCAUUCCUCUCUGCCGUCAUCAUCCUCUCGGGCCUGGCCGGUGGCACUUAUCUCUAUGGAGCCGACUUUGCGGUUUGGACAUUCCUAUGGGACAACUAUGUUCAGGUUAUCACUGCAAACCUGUUGAUCUCUUCGCUCAUUGCGCUGUUCGUCUACGCGAGAAGUUUCGCGGUCCCCGCUCCCGGACAAGCAAACCCAAGCCUGCGAGAGCUGGCACCUGGUGGCCACACGGGCAACGUGCUCUACGACUUCUUCAUUGGCCGUGAGCUGAACCCUCGUAUUCGCUUGCCUAUUCCAUUUGUCAGCGAGACAUCGCGCACUAUCGACAUCAAGGUGUUUAUGGAGAUGAGACCAGGCUUGCUUGGAUGGACAAUUCUGAACUUGUCCAACGUAGCCCACCAGUACCGAACCUACGGCUACAUCACUGACUCAAUCGUUUUGGUCACUAUAUUCCAGGCGUUCUACAUUCUAGAUGCGCUGUAUAUGGAGCCCGCUAUCAUGACCACUAUGGAUGUGAUCAUGGACGGAUUUGGAUUCAUGUUGUCCUUCGGCGACGUGGUCUGGGUUCCUCAUGUUUACAGCGUCCAGAGCCGGUACCUCUCUGUCUUCCCUUAUGAACUCGGUUGGACAGGCAUGGCUGUGGUGCUUGGUGUCACAGCAGUUGGAUACUCGAUUUUCCGCGGCGCCAAUAAUCAGAAGAACCGUUUCCGCACGAACCCCAACGACCCACGGGUGAAGCACAUCAAGUACAUCGAGACUGCUGCUGGAUCCAAACUGAUGAUCUCUGGAUGGUGGGGUAUGGCGCGUCACAUCAACUACCUGGGUGACUGGACCAUGUCGUGGGCCUACUGCCUGCCAACUGGUGUUGCUGGAUAUGUUCUCAUUGAGAGCAUCAACCCAGCCACUGGUGCUGCCCAGACCCAAGCUGUUCAGACUCCUGAGAUCCGUGGCUGGGGUAUGAUCUUCACGUACUUCUACAUGAUCUACUUCGGUGUUCUGUUGAUCCACCGUGAAAUGCGUGACGAGGAGAAGUGCGAGAAGAAGUAUGGUGCUGACUGGAAGCGCUAUACCUCGAUCGUGCGCAGCCGCAUCAUCCCUGGAAUCUACUGA